UGCAGAGUUCUAUAAGUACGUGUUCCCGCUCUUGACGCCAUUCAUGCAACCGGAGCAGCAAGUGAUUCGAAUCCGCGGCUGGAAAGCAAUAACUUGUCUCAUCGCGAUCUUUGCUCUUACUGUUUACCUCACUCGGUCCUUCCUCUACCAUGUAUUUCCACCGCGUUCUGUUGGCCACAUUGGCGCUCGGUAGUGUCGCGUCUGCGAACCCGGUGCCAAAGAUUGAGAACGGCCCCGGCCGCGAGCUUGAACAUGUCAAGCGGGACGGAACACUGGAUUCUUAUGCUUGUGAAGCUCAGCUGUCUGGAAUCAGCUGUAGCAUUCAGAACCCGGGAUUGAGACUGAAUACAUGUUGUAGCGUUGGUCUCGCCUUUGUAGUUGCUGGCGGGGUUGUCGGUGGUAUUGGUGCAUUCCUUUACUGGACGGCAAAGAACCACGAAAGGUGGUCACGCGUCGUGGGCGGUGAAGAUGGCAGCCAGAACAAUACUCACCACGCGAAGCGGGCCGAGGAACUGGCAAAAAUGCUCGAGGACAUUAACCUAUACCUGUCGGAACAAAGUAGCUUCAAGGCACUGACUGAUGGGAACAGCACCACGGUUGCCCAAGCUAUCGCCAUCGAACCCGGCAGAGGAGUCCUCUUUGGAGAGGUCGAGGUCGACCCGAACGACACGGGUAAAAGCAAGCGUCAUCCUGUACCAUGGGGUGCACACUAUGUAUGGGCCAACAUAUGGUGGUACAACUCGGACCCUCCCAUCAGCCAAGGCGGUGCUGAAGCCGCCAUCCGUCGUGCUAGUGAAGAGUUGCGCAACCGGGGUAUGGCUGCAGGCGGCUUUGAUAUCCGUAAUCCAUGCAACUGGAACGACAAAAUGGCCGACUUUUCCCUUAUUGAGACGAACGACAAAAACCAUGUCGACCACUUUUCCAUGUGGGACAAGAAUCCUUUCUAAACAAGACCUCUUUUGUGUUGCUGACGAUAAAUAUAGAUGUUGGCUGCAGUUACAUAUCGAUAUACACUCUUAUAGAAUGGCAUUCUGUUACCUUGUCUGAAUAAAGAAUCUCAUAAAAUAAAACAAAGUUUCGUUCAAGG